AUGUACGCACCUGCCCCCCGGCCCUUUAUACGACGUUCUACCUGUUUCCCAGGCGGUCACAUGACCCUUCCCCCAGCCCCACCCCCUCCCGCCGCUACCUGCGCUACAGUCAGCUGGACACCUUAUCAAAGAGCGGCUGGGGGCGCCUGGGAGAGAGAGCGGAGCGUUCAGCCCCUGGGAACCAAUCAUCAGCCAGUCCCUGCCUAUCUCUGCCAGCAGCUCAUUCUGUACCCCAUGGAGCAACAGCCUGCGAUCUAAGCGCCGGCCGGCCCUGUGCAUGGACAUAUAUAGUAGGAAUGAGCUGUUACCUAUAGGCGAUCGCACACACCCAGUGGCACCCGUAUAACCCGUAUUACCUCCCAUUAGCAGGAAGCAGAAGAAGCGCGGCCCCCGGGGGGGAUUCUAUACAUUGAUGGCUGCUGCUGAUCUGGACAUGAUGUGGAGAGGAUGCUUUUUGUUUCUUCAAGCAAUUGUAACUGCCAGCGGCUUUAUCCUCCCAGGCCAGAAAGUAGCACCGGUACAAAACCCAGAGAGAGGAGUUUUCCUGGAGGGUUCAGAAGCCAACACCUUCUUUGUCCGUAGGCUGCUGUACAACAACUGGGACUUUGAGUUGGUUACACCGGGCAAUCUGGAGAGGGAGUGUUACGAGGAAGUGUGCAACUACGAGGAGGCGCGGGAAUGUUUUGAAGACGAUCAGAAGACUCAAACCUUCUGGAAAACAUAUAAACACAAUGGAUCAGGAGGGGACCCUUCACCUUCGCUUGAUAAGGCUGGCUUGAUAGCGGGACUGGUAGCUGCGCUGAUACUCCUCAUUAUGAUAGCAGUAUUGAUCAUGUACUGUGUGAGAUUCAGAGCUAAAGCCAGCGCCAGAGGAAGGCCGCCUGUGAAUCUUACAAGUAACUUACCUGCAUCAGAAGAUUUACCUCUCACCCAGCUGCCCAUACCGGACCCCAGUGCUCCCGGGCUCCCUAGCUAUGAAGAAGCAUUGGAAGCAUCGGGCACAUAUGACGCGCCGCCGCCGCCCUAUCAAAGAGGAUCCGCCAGAUCGAAUCAGCCGAGCUGAAGAAGAAAAAGUCAGGACGUGUGUGUGUGUCGCUGCAUGUGUGUGACCAGGGCCUGUAUGAGACUGGAAGAAAACUUCACCAGCUUUGGUUUAACUACGAUUCACAGAAUCCUCAGUGCAAGAGAGCCAGCUUUAAACUCCUGGUCUGAAUGAUUUGUAUAUUUUUAUGGGUUUUUUUUUUUUUUUGGUUUUUUUUUAAAUAAUUUGAUGGGAUUGUCCUUUCUGCCAAAGAGAAAAACCACUGACUCUAAAGCGACCUUUCCAUGUAUUUUUUAUGUAAAAGAAAGAAAUCUGCGUAAAGUGUUUCUCGGAUAUUUCUCUGCUGUUAACCUGUCACCUUGUCGGUCAGCUGUGAAUCUGCCACCCUGGCCCUCGGCAGAAAUAAAUGGCAGUUACAGGUUAACAAGAAGCCUCACUACGUCUAUAGAAAAUAUAAGGACCAUCUUCCAAUUAAAUGGAAAUCUUUGUCCCUCCAGGUGUCAUUCAACUACAGCUACCAGAAUCCCACCGAUACUGUAAUGCUGCAUGUUCUUGUUUAAAGGGGAGUUAUGUAAUAAAAAAGGCUGUACAUUUGCCCAGGAGCAGUAACCCAUAGCAACCAAUCAGCAGGCAGCAUUUACUGUUCACCUAUUUAAAAGUAAAGCAUAUGAUAUUGGUUGCUAUGGGUUACUACACCAGGGCAAACUUGGUGUCUUUUUAUUGCAUAUGGGAGUUAGAGGACCCCAGGUCCCCCUGCUGGAACAUUAAAGGUAAGUCUUGGCUACCAUGGGCGAAAUGCCUUCCCAUUGGCAAUAAAGUGAAUCGCUUGUGGGAAGGCAUAUGUGGCACUUUGUUUUGCAAAGUUGCACAAAGUCUCCUGGGCAGGAAAUUUUGUGUGAUUCGGGAAAUGAAGUCAUUUUGUGGAGAUGAGGCGGCCACGGUAGCCAAGAUUUAACCACGGGCAACUAAUCUCCCCAUGUGCCACUGCCCUUACUUAUGUGAAAGCAAAUAUGCAGAGCAGGGAUAUUCUGAGUCAACAUUAAAUAAUGUCCUGACUCUUUAUAUGAUACCUUAAUAGUAUAUUUAGGGAAUAUUUUCCUUUUCCCCCAGACUCUGAUGUGAGGGGCAGAGGCUGGGAAAUUCUUUUGACUCUGGAGUGGUAUGACUUUUCAUUGUACUACAGGGCAAUACGUGCUGUGUGUGUUACUAUCAAUACCUGCACUGAGCCCGCUGGGCAGAAUGGCAUCACCUCUGGUUCACAACCCUCUAAUAUUAGUUUUUAAGUUUAGUUUUCAUAGGUCAAGCAGCAUCACAAUGUAGCCCUUUAGCAGUUGGACUGAUCCCAAUGUUGAGGGAUGCUAUGGGUUGCUUUGGCUACUCAGGGGGGUUUACUGACCUGCUUGUAUAACUUUGUUCAGCCUUGUACAAAUUUCUUUGAUUUGGAGAAGCCCUACUGCAGUCCAGUCCAUAAAGAUAUUGUAUGGGGGAAUAUGGGCCGACUUCAUAGAAACACUUGGUCCUGUUUCUGACAAAUGCCCUACAAAUUCAUUUUGGUAGACACUGAUAUACAUGAAAUGUAUUAUAAUGUCCCCCAGCACAAAUGAGAAUAAUGGGUUAAUGACCACUAAGUCUCCUCCUGUGGCUUGUUCUAGUACAGUUGCUUAUUGCCCUUAACCCUGUUUGGCUGCCAGUGGACUUCACAUUCCAGUUCUGCUAUGACCCAGUACUCAUAGCAGUGACAGGGGCUGCACAGCCGAUUGAUAUCAGGAAAAGUUCUGUUUGGCAGACGAGCCUAUUUGGGGUGCUGUUACUGCCUGUGACCCCCUUGUUUGUUAGAGACACAUUUCAUUGUACUAAUGCCUUAACUAAAUUUGUAUUUUUAAAUAAAGUUAAUUUGAUAAGAA